AUGGAGACUCCGGUCGAGAAAUGCGAAGAAGAUGAGGAAGGCUACGAUGGGUGUCUGCGAUAUCUGACUUGUGCUCAUAAUGCUACCGGAACGAUCAAUAACGGAACGGUGUACGCCGCAUAUGACUAUGAAGCACAAUUUGAAGACGAGCUGUCGUUCAAAGCCGGUGAUGAACUGCGCGUACUGAGUAAAGAUGACAAGGAAAAGAACUGGUGGACGUGUGAGCGUGUUGGACACGAAGGUGAAGUAGGGUUGGUGCCGCGAACGUACGUCGCUCUCUAUCCGGCUCUUCGAUUUAGAAAGCGAACCAAUUUCAUGAUGUUCGAGUUACCUUUGGAUCACUGGAUGAACGAUAUGGAAUAA